AACAGCUGAGGCGGAGUAAUACGUUUCCGUUCAAACGACGAACAGAAACGCUCUUCAGGUGAAUGUGGAUCCAAAAUGUGGGGUUUAAUGUCGACACACGGAAGCUCCGUCCGGAAAUAAGUGCCUGCCCCCGCUCCAGCAGCUGCCUGCCUGCCUGCCUGCCUGCCUGCCCCGGGGGCUGUUUUGCUAACGCUCUCUGUCUGUGAGGUGCUGCAGCACGUGUCAGCCCUCUCGAGCACGCGCGCAGACAGAGCUGGGAAUUUCGUGAACUGCUCGGAUGACUCGUUACCGUCACCGGCGAGGAGGCGGGGUGCUGAUGGUGAGUAGGUCCACAGAGGAGCUGGGCAUGUCCAAACACAUCCAGGCAGACCAGACCAGCUUACCCACCGCCCUCCGCAGAGCGCCGCGUCUAAACUAAAAACGUUCGAGGUUGUAAUUAUCACUCAUGCCUGCUCAGCUGUAACGCUACGCGCUAUCCAGACGGAGAUUUUCCCAGUUUGAUGGACUCAUCUGGAGAAGCUCCACGGACCGACUGAGUCUGGUUCUCAUGGUGAACAUGUCUGUUUCUGUCAAAGCGAUGAUGAGAGACGGGCAGCUGGAGAAGCGCAGCAGCGGCCUUCUCCAGCUGUGGAAGAAGAAGCGCUGCGUCCUGACGGAGGAAGGGCUGCGCCUGCACAGCUGCAAAGGCGGCGGAGGAGGAGGAGGAGGAGGAGGUCCCGCUCCGGAGUCAGGAUGGAGCCCCAAAGCCAAGGAGCUCCGCUUCGAGCUGAUGACCACGGUGGACUGUGUGGAGUACAAGCGAGGGAUGGUGUACUUCACCGUGGUCAUGGCUUCGGGGAAGGAAAUUGAUUUUCGCUGUCCACAGGAUGGCACGGCAUGGAACGCAGAGAUUGCGUUGGCACUGGUGCGCUUUAAGAACCUGCAGGCGGUGCAGACCGGAAGAAACCGGCGCAUGUCCGCCGAACAUCUGGGCAGCACCGGGGAGGAUGAAGAGCUCUGAUCUGGCGGAGAAGUCCUCUGACCCAGCAGGAGUCGGUUUCUGGAUUGCAAAGCAUCAUGGGAUAUGUGUCAAAAAGCUGUUCACUUUUAAAAAUGGACUUUGCACAACUUUUUCAGAUUUUCAUUCAGGAUCAAUCAUAUGAAGAGCAGAAAUUGGAUGUGUUCUUAUUUGUCAGUCAGGAGUGACUGAGAUCAUCAGAUCAUCAGAGAUUCCUGCUAAAACAAAAACAUUAUCAAGUGUGUUGAUUUUUUUUAACUGAAACUAUGCAACUUGAAAACAUUUGAUCUAAAUGUGUGCCUUAGUAUUUACAAGUAUCUUCAACUUACAAAAUACUUUUAAGUUAAGGGAAAGGUGGUGUUUUGUUUAAAAAGUGUUGUUACAGACUGGAUGACUAAUAUUUUUAAUCUAAAACAUAAGGUAUUUGUUUCAAACUCUUCUGCUUUGUAUAUUUUUUUCUUCAAUUAUGUACAGUAUUAGAAUUGUUAAGAUGUUUUUAAGUAAUAAUAAAAUGUUUUCUUGAAAGGUU